AUGGUCCAACUCACCACACUCGCCGCUCUCGCAGCCGCUUGCGUCGCCCCUGCCUUCGCCCACCCGGGAGAGAAACACGACCCAGCCAAGAUCAAGCGCGAGAUCGUCGCUCGUGAGCAUUGGGCUCAUGUGGGAAAGAGGUCUCUGGAUGCUUGCUCCAAUACCGAGUCUGCACGUCGGUUUGCGGCCAGGAAUAAGGAGCGUCGUGCACGGGUUGCCAGGGAGUUGAGAGAAAAGAGGGGGAUUACAGCCCCCUCCCAAAAACUCCGCCGCGCAACGGAGCUCGAACGCCGCAACGCCACCGAUCUCGCCAAAUGGGAAGCCAUCGACCACAACCGCACGGGCAUCUACGACUACGACGCCAACACCCCCGAGAGCGAUGUCUUCGACGCCGUGACCAGCCCCAUCUUCGCCCCUUCAAUCACAGAUGGCCCGUACUACGUCUGGGGCGAGAUGAUCCGCUCGGAUGUCGUGGAGGACGAGUACUCCGAGGGCGUGCCGCUUCACCUUGAGGUCCAGUACUAUGACAUCGAGACCUGCGAGCCGAUUCCGGAUGUGUAUGUCGAUAUCUGGAAUGCGAAUGCUACGGGGGUGUACAGCGGCAUCUCCGUCUCAGGCAACUACGCCGCCGACGGCUACAACAGCACCUACCUGCGCGGGAUCCAAUCCACCGACUCCACCGGCGUCGCCACCUUCGACACAAUCUUCCCCGGCCACUACGACGGCCGCGCCACGCACACGCACCUCCUCGCCCACAUGAACGUGACCACGCUCCCCAACAACACCCUCCUCGUCGACACCGGCACUGUGACACACAUCGGCCAGCUCUUCUGGAACGAAGUCCUGCGCACCGCCGUCGAAGCCACCUCCCCUUACGACUCCAACACCCAAGCCGUGACGUCCAACGCGGAGGACUUGUGGAGCGUCCUCCAGGCCUCGAGCGAUUACGACCCGUUCCCGGAGUUUCUGUACCUCGGGGAUAUGAUCGAGGAUGGGAUUUUCGCCUGGAAGCAGAUCGGCCUCAACACGUCGGCGGAUUGGACGGAUGAUAGCUACUACAGCAUUGCCGCGUAUCUGCAGGCCGAUGGCGGGCAUGCGAACGCGGAUUCGGCGUUUGGGGGUGGGAGUGGUGGGGAGGGGAAUGGGACGAUGUCUGGGGUGCCGAGUGGGACGGCGGCGCCGGGGGCGUUGUCGACGAGUGCUUGA